AUGUUUGAUGUUCCCUUCACUACAACCUUCAUGCGGGUCCUGCGCAACCUGGCUGUUACUGUGUUUGAGGCUCUUCACACCCUCUUCUUGGUCGUUUUCAGUUUUUGUUGGGUUAUUUGCUCGCAACCAUCCCCUGUCGCAAUUACGACCUCAGCCAUCUUGGAGACCAGUGCGGGUCUCCAGAUUGCUAUUCUUGUCCUUUUCAUUGUCUCUGCAGCUGUUGGGAUUCUGCUGCGUUAUUCAUACCAUCGUCAGGAACUGAAGGAUCUGCAAAUACUGGCAAGUGAAAUAAGAAUAUUUAAAUAUAUACUUAAAGUUAGGCAUUCCAAUAAAAAUAAGAAGCAGUCGAUAAGUCCUUAG